AUGUCUGAUCAGGAGGAAGAGCCUAGCCCUCACAACAGAGUUGACUCAUCAGAGGACAGAAAUGAGGGUCGUAACAUUAUCAAUAUUCCAGUUCCUUCAGAAGAACCAGAAGAGUUUGAUGAAAUGGAAGAGUUAGAAUCAAUGAUAGAGCAUCUCAGUGAAGGUUCAGUGAGAUCCUAUGACGCAUCAGUAGACCUAUCUGACCAUAGCAUUGUAAGCACAAAAUCAAAAGGUGAUGAACAACAUAGGGAAGAUAUUAUGUUCCCUGGAAAAUCUCUGCAUACUCCCACACCCAGUCUGAUAACUUCUCCUACAAUAGAGCCAGACACUGAGAUGCCAGAGGAUGAUACACUGGUAUAUCUGAGUAAAGUCCAGUCUACAAAGGAUAUUUUGCAAUCAUCAAUGGGAGAUCCUUUGGCAACAGUUAAAGUUGUACUUUUUCCUGUGGCUCAGGAAAUUAUAAUACCUUUUAAGGUCACUACCAUGUUGAAAUACCUCAAGGAGCACUUUGCACAACUGUUAGACAUCCCAUGUUAUGUGCUACAGAUAAUGCAUGCAGGAAGAAUUCUUGGAAGUAAUGAAUCUCUAAUACAACAUGGAGUUAGACCACAUGAAAUAGUACAAGUGGAAAUCUUUUCCAUGCAUCAGGAUCUAUAUCCAAUCAAAAGAAUAGAAGGAUUAAAUGAUGGUCCCCAAAUCAUAACAUUUUCCAUUCAAACUGGUAUUGACCACUACCAGGAGGUAGCUGUUGAAAUGAUAAAAUCUGACUUUCACAAGCCAUUUCUUGGUGGAUUUAGACAUAAGAUAACAGGAAUAGAAUACCACAAUGCUGGAACCCAAACUGUGCCCAAGAAGAUUUCUGAUAAACCCAAUGCAUUUUCUAGGAACACCCAGACAGUUUUUGAGAGAAAAAAGCUUCAACAAACUACAAAUACAACUUCCACUCAAAUGAAUAAAAUUGGUGUUUAUGUGUCAAACAUGACAGAUAAACUGAUAAAACCAGGAGUAUAUUUCACAGCUGAAGAAUACCAUGCUCAAAGGUUAAAGGCGGUGCUAAAAAUACAGACUCACUUCAGAAGGUGGCAUGCUAAAUGCUUCGUAGAUAAGUUAAAACACCAGAAAAAAAUGAGGUUAGAGUGGGAAGCAGAGGAAGAACUGAGGAAGAUCAGAGAAAAAGAAGAAUGGAUGCAAUUGGACUAUUACCGGAGGCACAACCCUAAAACAAAUGAAGACUUUGAACUUCUUUUCAAUGCCCUAGAACUCUGGCGUCAAGAAAAAGUUGCGCACAUUGACCAACACUUCACUGGACCUGAAAGAAAAGCUUCAUUGUGUGAACUUUUGGAAAAAGAAACACAGAUAAUUGCUUCCAUUGGGAGACAUAGAUACAUUGCUCAUAUGAAGAGGCAGGAAGCAGCUCUACAAGCUUUUUUGGAUAAGUGUUCAGCUCCGAAGAUAUGGAGAACACCUGAAGGCAAAACCAUUGAAAUGGAUACACAGUUCACCAUUAGAGCCAGAGAGCUACAAAGCAUCUACAAGUGCAUGAUGCUGAAAGACAUCUCUCAAGAUGAGAGGCUGGAUAUACUCUUGACACUUAAGCACACUGUGAAGGAACAUGAAUGUAAACUGACCCAGGAAAUCCUAGAAUUGAUUGACAGAGAAGUUGAUCUCAUGAUGAGAGGGGUCAAAACUCACAACCUUGAAGGACUCAGAAAAAGGAUUGUGACACUCUUUCUUCAGUAUAUCAAAACACCCGUGUUUAAUCCUGAAGUUGCAAGACACCUUAAGGUGCCUCAGGAUCCACUGAUGUUUUAUGAUAAGAUUUACUUCUGCCACAGCUGCCAGUCAUAUUUGCCUUCUAUCGAAUUCUCUGUAUCCCCCACUUCACGUCGUGUGUACCGCUGUCGUCACUGUGUGCACCUUGAGAAUGAGACCCAAAAACGAGAAUCGUUUUUGAAGUACAAGUGUUUACUUCAGCGGCUGUACUAUUCAGAGGCUAAUUAUGAAGAUAACUCUCAAAUUGCUUUCCUGAUGCAGCUCCAAGAUAUACAGUACUUAACAGAGAACAUCUGGGCAUCCAAGUCCAUCCUCAGUGCCUGGGAUGACCUCAAUGACCUGGUCAUGGUAAGGUGGGAUAAGACUGUGCAGUGGUCUCCCUGGAACUGCAUUCUUCUCACCAAGGAUGAGGCGGCAGCUCAUCUGAAGCUUUCAAAUAUUGAGGAGGGUUAUGGACGCUUCUUUCUUCACAAGAUCAAACACAAACAUAUCCUGGCUAAGAACUAUUUUUCUCAGGUUCCAGUGCUAGCUUCAUUUGUAUGUCAAGAUGAAGAAAUGGAAGAGAUCAGAAGUAAAUAUCGCCCAGAUCUGUCACCAAAAAUUAUAGAAGCCCAUGGCACUUAUAAUCAGCAUUUCCUGCAGUAG